AAACUGAAACGAAAACUUCUCGGCCUUGUUGACGCGGGCUACUGUUUGAACCUGAACUGAUUUGUGUUGGAUUUGUGUAAUAUACCUUUUCUUCCAGCGGUUGGUAUUUCAGCGCAUUGGCUUGGCAGUGCAUUUUACAAGAUACCUAUAAGCAUUUUAUUUCCUUUUUGGUGCCCCUGCCUGCCGCAGCAAUGGCGGACGCCAGUCGCUCAGAGCUGAAGCUGAACUCACCGCCCGAGGACGGCAUAUCGGCAGUCAAGUUCGGGCCGACGUCGUCCCAGUUCCUGCUGGUCUCCUCGUGGGACAGCACGGUGCGCCUGUAUGACGUGGUGUCCAAUACCCAGCGUCUCCAGUACAGCCACUCGGCGCCAGUACUCGACUGCUGCUUCCACGAUGCGGUGCACGCGUGGAGCGGCGGCCUCGACCAGCAGCUCAAGGUGUUUGACUUCAACACCAGCACGGAGACGGUGGUGGGCCAGCACGGGGCACCGAUCCGCUGCGUCGAGUACGCCGCCGAGGCCGGCGUGGUGGUCACCGGCGGCUGGGACAACUACGUGAAGCUCUGGGACCCGCGCCAGCAGCGCGGCACCGGCGUGCACGCCCAACCCGACCGGGUGUACGCGCUGAGUACGUGCGCCGACCGGCUGGUGGUGGGCACCGCCGGCCGCAAGGUGCACAUCUGGGACCUGCGCAACAUGGCGCAGCCGCUGCAGAAAAAGGAGGCGUCGUUAAAGUAUCAGACUCGCUGCAUCCGCUGCUUCCCCAACAAGCUCGGCUACGUGCUGAGCUCAAUCGAAGGCCGAGUCGCCGUCGAGUACUUCGACCCGAGCCCCGAGGUGCAGAAGAAAAAGUACGCCUUCAAGUGUCACCGCAUCAAGGAGGCCGGCAUGGAGUACGUGUACCCGGUGAACGCCAUCAGCUUCCACAACCAGUACAACACGUUCGCCACGGGCGGCUCGGACGGCUACGUCAACAUCUGGGACGGCCUCAAUAAGAAGCGUCUGUGCCAGCUGCACCGCUACCCGACGUCCAUAUCGUCGCUGGCGUUCUCUCCGGACGGCAGUGUCCUGGCCAUUGCCAGCUCGUACCUGUACGAGCAGAAGGAGACGCCCGACUACAUCCCCCCAGACGCCGUCUACAUCCGGCACGUUACCGACCAGGAGGCCAAGCCCAAAUAGUGCGGAGCGCUCACUGUACCGUCGGCUCAGGACCAACGCAGCGCCAGCUCCGACCGCACCGGCAGGGGAGGGGAUCCAGAGACAAACAGAUGGCGCUGGCGUAGCCGUGAAUCUGUGUGAGUGAGAGCGUGUGCGACGAUGUUCAUGUGAACGAAACGGGGCUAUAUGAUGGAAUUGUGCCCAUUUUGCAUGCUUGUGUGAAUCUACUCUGCCGCUCGCAUCUCAGAGUGCCCGAGCCGAGCGGUUGUGUCUGAUUUAGGGGAUAAAGGUGUGUGGUUUUAACGCCGUGUGUCUGUCUCAUGGCAUCAAUCAUUUUCUGCCGGCGCUGCGGCGCCCGUCAUACGUCCAUUCGUUUCCCUCCCCAUCCCCAUACUGCCUGCAGUGGAAUGCCAUCGCCCCUCCCAUUUUCAUUAAGUGUGUUCAUAUGCUGAAAUUCUGGUCAAAUAUAUUGUGACGUACUU